AUGUCGAGGCAAUAUGGGCAACCGACUCCACAAACACACCCGCAUCUCUUGAAGCCAGGAGAAAUUACGCCGGGAAUCUCAGCUGCUGAAUACGAACUUCGGCGAACUCAACUGAUGAAACUUCUCCCAGAGAAUAGCGUGGCAAUUUCUUUAGGCUAUCGGACGCGUUAUAUGUCAAACAAAGUAUUAAUACAGAUUUCUUCUAUUUAUGUGGUAUCUAUUUCUUCAUUAUUUGAUUUUUUACGUCUCACUGCUUUAAUAGAAAAACUAAACACGUAUGAAUUAGGUUUCAAUGAACCGGAUGCGGCUAUGAUUUUAGAAAAGAAUAGCAGCCCAAGAGGUUACAAAAUGACAAUGUUUGUGCCGCCCAAAAAUCAAGGAAUUGAAAUGUGGGAUGGUUCACGGACUGGAGUUCAUGGCGCAAUUGAUGUAUUUGGAGCGGACGAGGCCAUGGAAUCCGCAAAAUUUAAUAUGAAAGUCAGAGACAUAGUGAAAAACUACCAAGAAAUCUAUAUUGACCUCCCUCCACGUACCAAUCUCCUUUCAGCUGAGAAUGUGACAAAGAAUUUCAAUCGCACACGUGGUAUUGCAUUUCUGUCAUGGUUUCGUAAGAUGAGUGACUUCUUGGAUCGCUUAGCAUUACAUCGUUAUUUCACUGGUUUAAAUGAUCAAGCAAACGAAAUCAAGCCACUGAGUCGAAUAGUACAGAACCUGAGAAUUAUUAAGAGCAGUUCUGAAAUUAAAUUGAUGAGACAGGCUGGUGAAAUCACGGGGAAGGCUUUUAUUGAGACCAUGCGAUACACGAAACCUGGUCUUCUCGAGCACGAUUUGUACGCGAAGAUAGACUUUGAGUGUCGAACACGCGGUGCAGAGUAUCUUGCCUAUGUUCCUGUCGUAGCUGGUGGUCCAAAUGCUCUUACGAUGCAUUAUGUGAGCAAUAACAUGCCUUUACGUAAUGGCGAUAUGGUAUUAAUGGAUGCCGGAGGUGAAUAUCACGGAUACGCGUGUGAUAUGACGCGUACAUGGCCAGUGAAUGGCAAAUUUACAGGGCCUCAGCGAGAGUUGUAUGAAGUAGUACUCAAGGUUAACAGAGAAUGUAUAAAGCUCUGCACUGAAAAACAUGGUAUAUCUUUGAACGGUAUACAUGAUUUGUCACUUAAACUCAUGAACGAAGAACUAUCCCAACUUGGAUUCAGACUAUCAGAAGGGGAUCUCGAUCGAACGUUGUAUCCUCAUCACGUUGGCCACUACCUUGGGCUCGAUGUUCAUGAUACCCCCGACCUAGAUCGCUCCCGGAAACUAAAGGAAGGAAUGGUGGUCACAAUAGAGCCCGGAUUGUACGUUCCAUUCAAGAAUGAGUACCCUGAACAAUAUAGAGGUAUUGGAAUACGAAUAGAAGACAAUGUACUAGUUGGUGAGACCGAACCGAUUGUAUUGAGCGUGACUGCUCCUAAGGAAGUCGUUGAUAUACAGUAUUGUAUGGCUAAUUUAGAAGGAUGGGAUUAG